ACCUACCGAGUAGUCACGACUCAACUGUCUGGUAGGGCUAACGCUCGCCCGGACAACAUUUUAUUGACUAUUUCCUUGCGAUAUUCUCAGUAAUAUUCACCAACGAAUGUAGUUUUGAAGUGCUAAUACAAAAGUUUAAUAAAUCUGUGAUACAGUGCUGUAUAUUCAGUGUUGCAACGAAUAUAUAGAGCAAACAAUUUAGUUAUUGACUUUGUUAAGACAUGAACCCUGGAAGAUACUCAUCGCUUGUGCUAAUACUUUCGCUAAUCCGUACUAAUUGAAUUGUAAGUAAACUAAAGGGAAGAUUGUAGUCAUUACACAACUGAAAUUGUGUACAAAGAACAGACGCAGUUAAGAACCCCGCUUGCAUUCAGUGUUGUGUGCCAGCGUUUUCUGCAAGAAUGCCAACUAAUGUACACGAAAACAUUGCACUCCUGAAUAUGAUGUCUUCAGACAACUUCGAUGACGAGCUGAAAACAGUUCAGCUCCAUUAUCCAUCUGAUCGGCGGCUACAGAGCGACGGCGCAUGCGUAGAAGAGAGGGUGAGAACUUCGCGUGGAGACAUCCUGGUUGCAAUCCGUGGGGACCGUAAAAAACGCGCCAUUAUCACUUACCAUGACCUCGGACUCAACUAUGCGGCGAAUUUUCAAGCUUUUUUUAAUUUUGUUGACAUGCGAGCCAUCUUAGAUCAAUUUUGUAUUUACCAUAUCAACGCCCCUGGCCAAGAAGAAGGUGCUCCGACUUUACCUGAAGAUUAUGUUUACCCGAGCAUGGAUGAGUUGGCUUCCCAGAUAGAUUUCGUGCUUGGAAACUUCGGGAUUAGAGCAUUCAUCGGUUUUGGGGUCGGUGCUGGCGGGAAUGUUUUAGCCCGUUACGCAAUCGCAAAUCCACAGAAAGUGGAUGCGUUGAUUAUUAUCAAUAGUACAUCAACACAGGCUGGUUGGACAGAAUGGCUGUAUCAGAAGAUUAAUACAAGGCAGCUACGCUCUAGUGGUAUGACGCAAGGAGCAUUAGAUUACCUGAUGUGGCACCAUUUCGGUCGCAGUACAGACAACCGCAACCACGAUUUAGUUCACGUGUACAAAGAAUGCUUCUCUCACGUGAAUCCAGUAAAUCUAUCCAUGUUUAUAGACUCCUAUUUGCGCCGAUCUGAUUUAGCAAUCUCCAGAGACAGCAACACUAUUAAAGUUCCCGUUCUCAACGUCACUGGAGCCUUGUCUCCGCACGUUGAAGAUACAGUUACAUUUAAUGGCCGUUUGGAGCCGUCCAAAACCUCCUGGCUCUGUAUCUCAGAUUGCGGCAUGGUGCUGGAAGAACAGCCAAAUAAGAUAUCGGAGGCUUUUAGGCUGUUCCUUCAAGGCGAAGGUUACUGCAGGUAGUCAGGUUCUUUAGGAGCAAGUAAAAUGUUCGCAACAUUGAUAAUAUAGGAUGCACGUAUGUUGCUUUUGUCCACGCGAGCUUUUACGGCGUGUUUGUUGUAAGCGCAUUGGAAACGUAGGAAUCAAAAUUGUUAUGCCUUGAUUCAGAUAAUAUUUACAAAUUAAAUUAUUUUAUGGCUUAUAA